GAGGGCUGGCUGGCUAAGUCCCUUCCGCUGCCGGCUCUCGCCUCACUAGGAGCGGCUCUCGGUGCAGCGGGGACAGGGCGCCCACAGAGCGCUCGACACUGCCCGGAACGCAGCGCCACCCUUCCCCUCCUCGCGAUCUCCAGCGGCUCCGCGCGCGCACGAUGCCCUCGGCCACCAGCCACAGCGGGAGCGGCAGCAAGUCCUCCGGACCGCCACCCCCAUCGGGUUCCUCGGGUAGUGAGGCGGCGGCGGCGGCGGGGGCCGGGGCAGCUGCGCCUGCUACUCAGCACCCAGUAUCCGGCACUGGUGCGGUCCAGACCGAGGCCAUGAAGCAGAUCCUCGGGGUAAUCGACAAGAAACUUCGGAACCUGGAGAAGAAAAAGGGUAAGCUUGAUGAUUACCAGGAACGAAUGAACAAAGGAGAGAGGCUUAAUCAAGAUCAGCUGGAUGCUGUGUCUAAGUACCAGGAAGUCACAAAUAACUUGGAAUUUGCAAAAGAAUUACAGAGGAGUUUUAUGGCAUUAAGUCAAGAUAUUCAGAAAACAAUAAAGAAGACAGCACGCCGGGAGCAGCUUAUGAGAGAAGAAGCUGAACAGAAACGUUUAAAAACUGUGCUUGAGCUACAGUAUGUUUUGGACAAAUUAGGAGAUGAUGAAGUGCGAACUGACUUGAAACAAGGCUUGACCGGAAUACCGAUCCUGUCGGAGGAGGAGUUGUCGCUGCUGGAUGAAUUUUACAAGUUAGUGGAUCCUGAGCGGGACAUGAGCCUAAGGUUGAACGAGCAGUAUGAACAUGCCUCCAUUCACCUGUGGGACUUGCUGGAGGGGAAGGAAAAAUCUGUGUGCGGGACAACUUAUAAGGCUCUAAAGGAAAUCGUUGAGCGUGUAUUUCAGUCAAACUACUUUGACAGCACCCAUAACCACCAGAAUGGUCUGUGUGAGGAAGAGGAGGCAGCCUCAGUGCCUACAGUGGAAGACCAGGUUGCUGAAGCUGAACCUGAGCCAGCAGAAGAAUACACUGAGCAAAGUGAAGUCGAAUCAACAGAGUAUGUAAAUAGACAAUUUAUGGCAGAAACCCAGUUCAGCAGUGGUGAGAAGGAGCAGGUAGAUGAAUGGACAGUGGAAACCGUUGAGGUGGUAAAUUCACUCCAGCAGCAACCUCAGGCUGCAUCUCCUUCAGUACCAGAGCCCCACUCGUUGACUCCGGUGGCUCAGGCUGACCCCCUUAUGAGAAGACAGCGAGUACAAGAUCUUAUGGCACAAAUGCAGGGGCCCUAUAAUUUCAUACAGGAUUCAAUGCUGGAUUUUGAAAACCAGACUCUUGAUCCUGCCAUUGUAUCUGCACAACCUAUGAAUCCAACACAAAACAUGGACAUGCCCCAGCUGGUUUGCCCUCCUGUUCAUUCUGAAUCUAGACUUGCUCAGUCUAAUCAAGUUUCUGUACAACCAGAAGCUACACAGGUUCCUUUGGUUUCAUCCACGAGUGAGGGAUACACGGCAUCUCAACCAUUGUAUCAGCCUUCACAUGCCACAGAGCAGCGGCCACAAAAGGAACCAAUUGAUCAGAUUCAGGCAACAAUCUCUCUAAAUACAGACCAGACUACAGCAUCCUCAUCCCUUCCCACUGCUUCUCAGCCUCAGGUUUUCCAGGCUGGGACGAGCAAACCUUUACAUAGCAGUGGAAUCAAUGUAAACGCAGCUCCAUUCCAAUCCAUGCAAACGGUAUUCAAUAUGAAUGCCCCAGUUCCUCCUGUUAAUGAACCAGAAACUUUAAAACAGCAAAACCAGUACCAGUCCAGUUAUAACCAGAGCUUUUCCAGUCAGCCUCACCAAGUGGAGCAGACAGAGCUCCAGCAAGAACAGCUCCAAACAGUGGUUGGCACUUACCAUGGUUCCCAGGACCAGCCCCAUCAAGUGACUGGUAACCACCAGCAGCCUCCUCAGCAGAACACUGGAUUUCCACGUAGCAGUCAGCCUUAUUAUAAUAGUCGUGGUGUAUCCCGUGGAGGUUCUCGUGGUGCUAGAGGCUUGAUGAAUGGAUACCGGGGCCCUGCCAAUGGAUUCAGAGGAGGAUAUGAUGGCUACCGCCCUUCAUUCUCUAACACUCCAAACAGUGGUUAUACACAGUCUCAGUUCAGUGCUCCCCGGGACUACUCUGGCUAUCAGCGGGAUGGAUAUCAGCAGAAUUUCAAGCGAGGCUCUGGGCAGAGUGGACCACGGGGAGCCCCACGAGGUCGUGGAGGGCCCCCAAGACCCAACAGAGGAAUGCCGCAAAUGAACACUCAGCAAGUGAAUUAAUCUGAUUCACAGGAUUAUGUUUAAUUGCCAAAAACACACUGGCCAGUGUACUAUAAUAUGCUACCAGAAGAGUUAUUAUCUAUUUGUUCUCCCUUUCAGGAAGUUUAUUGUAAAGGGACUGUUUUCAUCCCAUAAAGACAGGACUACAAUUGUCAGCUUUAUAUUACCUGGAUAUGGAAGGAAACUAUUUUUACUCUGCAUGUACUGUCCUAAGCGUCAUCUUGAGCCUUGCACAUGAUAUUCAGAUUCCUCACCCUUGCUCGUAGUAUUUGCAGUUAUCAUUUGUCUAAUUCAACCCUAAUUGAAUUCUGCUUUUCUCAUGGAGGCAUUUAUGUUCAAAGUGGUGAUUUCUUCCCGUAGAUGCAUAGGGAGAGUCUCAAGUUUGGAGAUGGACGGUUUAGUAGUGACUUAGCCAUAUGUACUAUGUUGGAAUUUGUCCUAGCAGUUUGAGCACUAGUUCUGUGUGCCUAUGAACUUAAUGCUGCUUGUUGUUCCAUUCCACUUUGACUUUAUGGAGAAUUAAUCCCAUCUAUUAAGCAAAGGCUACUAAGUUAAUGGUAUUUUCUGUGCAGAAAUUAAAAUUUUACUUUUAGCCUUUAGCUAAGGAAAUUGUCCGGUAGGUACUCAGCUACUUAAACAAAAAUCAAAAUUUUUCAUCAUUAGACAACUGGAGUUUUUGCUGGUUUUGUAACCUACUAAAAUGGAUAGGCUGUUGAACAUUCCACAUUUAAAAGUUUUGUAGGGUGGUGGGUAAUGGGGAAUCCUCAAUGUUUAUUUUAAAAUAAAUAAAAUAAGUUCUUUUCUCAUG